GAUUCUUAGUCAUGUUAUGGAGGAAAUGAAAGAUGGGGUUAUCAGGUUCUUUGAACAAGAUACUGAGGUGAAGAAGAAAUGGUAUUCGCGAGACUUCACAAAACGGUUUAUAUUUCAUAGUAAUUUUGAUCUGUUUAGAUCACCAUCAUUACUAUUUGCUAACAGUAACUUCCUCACCUUGCUUCUCCAAGACAAUAUAGGCGGCCUCCAAGUUCUACAUCAAAACCAUUGGGUAGAUGUUCCCCCUACUCCCGGAGCUCUCGUGGUCAAUAUUGGAGAUCUUCUUCAGCUUAUAUCAAAUGACAAGUUCAAAAGUGUUGAACAUAGAGUACUGGCAAAUAAGGUUAGUUCAAGGAUAUCAGUGGCUUGCUUUUUCACGACAAGUUUUCUUCCAACAGAAAGGUUAUAUGGACCUAUCCAGGAGUUGAUAUCAGAACAUAAUCCUCUAAAGUACAAGGAAACCACAAUUAAGGAGUACACUACUUAUUACACUAACAAAGGGCUGGAUGACACUUCUGCUUUGUUGCAUUUUAGACUUUAGACUAAAUAGUUGAGCCCCAAUAAAAGGGGUGUGCUGGAGUAAUUCUGAAGAUGAUAGAUAUUGUGGCAAAUAAGGUUUGUAGAACC